UUCCCAGAUCGCAAGCCGAGAGAAGAAGCCAGAGAAAGGGGAAAAAAAAUCUUCCACCAACCAAACCCUAGGCAAGAUGGCGAACCCCCGUGUGUUCUUCGACAUGAGCGUGGGCGGCGCCCCGGCGGGCCGGAUCGUGAUGGAGCUGUACCAAGACAAGGUGCCCCGCACGGCGGAGAACUUCCGCGCGCUGUGCACCGGCGAGAAGGGCACGGGGAAGAGCGGGAAGCCGCUCCACUACAAGGGCUCCACCUUCCACCGCGUGAUCCCCGACUUCAUGUGCCAGGGCGGCGACUUCACCCGCGGCAACGGCACCGGCGGCGAGUCCAUCUACGGCGAGAAGUUCGCCGACGAGAACUUCAUCCACAAGCACACGGUGCCCGGCGUGCUGUCCAUGGCCAACGCCGGGCCCGGCACCAACGGGUCCCAGUUCUUCAUCUGCACCGUGCCAACGCCCUGGCUGGACGGCAAGCACGUGGUCUUCGGCAAGGUCGUGGAGGGGAUGGACGUCGUCAAGGCCAUCGAGAAGGUGGGGUCCCGCGGCGGAGCCACCUCCAAGGUGGUAAAGAUCGCCGACUGCGGCCAGCUCUCCUAGAUCUGUCCGUCCGGCCGGCCUCUCCUCCAUCGAAUCCGCGUCCCUUCCGUUCGCUCUGGAAUAAGAAGAUGGUGAUCUGGGGCGGUCGAGUCGCGUCGCGUCGCGUCGAGUCUCUCUCAUGUUGGUGCGUGUGCGUCCGUGGUUUUUAAGUACUACUAGGGUUUAGGGAUGGAUCUGCGAAUCCGAUGUGUUGGUGUCCAUGAUGAUGCAACUCCGCUUUGGUGUCUGGGAAUCGCUGCUCGUGGGAUGCGUCUUGGGUCUUCGUUGCGAAUCGCGAUAGAGGCUCGCGUUUGUUAUCUCGUGAAGCACUGUGGUCUUUGGGGGAAUAAAGAAAGAAACCCAACUCUGUUCUGUUCA